GGAAAAGUUUGGACGACAAAAGAAGGUGGACAGCUUUAAGAGGAAUAAUCUCCGAGCCUCGUCGGGAAUAAACGUGCCAGGCCACAGCAGGCGGCGGUUGGUCGUCGUUGAGCCGCGAUGGGCGACUGGAGCCUGCUGGGGAACGUCCUGGAGGAAGUCCAGGAGCACUCCACGUCGGUAGGCAAGGUGUGGCUGACGGUUCUCUUCAUCUUCCGCAUCUUGGUCCUGGGCACGGCGGCCGAGUCGUCGUGGGGUGACGAGCAGAGCGACUUCCUGUGCGACACGCAGCAGCCCGGCUGUACCAACGUUUGCUACGACCGCGCCUUCCCCAUCGCUCACAUUCGUUACUGGGUGCUGCAGAUCGUCUUCGUCUCCACACCGUCCCUUAUCUACAUGGGUCACGCCGUGCACACCGUGCGAAGCGAGGAGAAGCGACGGCGCCGGCUUGAGGAGGAGCACCAGGAUGGAUCAGAGGUUGAGAAGGAGCGCCUACGAGAGAGUGAGGCCCGUCCGCGCCUGCGAGGUCCACUCCUGCACACGUACGUCCUCAGCAUCCUCAUCCGCACCGCCAUGGAGGUCAUCUUCAUUGCCGUGCAGUACAUGAUCUAUGGAGUCUUCCUCAAGGCGCUCUACCUGUGCACGGCCGCUCCCUGCCCCAACCCGGUCAACUGCUACAUGUCGCGGCCUACCGAAAAGAAUAUUUUCAUCGUUUUUAUGCUAGCGGUAGCCGCCGUAUCGCUAGUGCUGUCUGUGUUGGAGCUUUACUACUUGGGUUGGAAGAGCCUAAGGGCGUGCGUACGACAGAGGGCCUCCGUUAAAGGACUGCCAAACCCGGACGAGCCCCCAAAUCCCCCCCCACUAGCACCGCCUCCUGACUUCAGCCGCUGUGUGGCCCCCGUUCCCUUCAGCGACCGCGUGGCACUGCAGCAGAACUCGGCCAAUAUGGCGGCCGAGCGCCACCGCAGCGACCUGGAGGACGACGAAGAUUUCUUGCGCAGGUACGACCAGGACAACCGACGGCUGAGCAAGUACAGCGGAAGCAGCGGGCGGGGCCGACCGAAUGACCUGGCCAUUUAAGCGAACCGCCUUUGAAUGCAACACGAACAAAUAGAGACGCCUGAAUAUUGCACUUCACAGAAUUUUAACGCAUUUGGUUCAUUAAAUGUGUUUUGACAUCCAUUGACAGUGAUAGACCUCCAAUCUAUUUGGACUGCAGGGCCAUUGACGGCGAUAGACGUCCAAACCGAACGGGAAAGGUUAGCAGGCUGACUAAUUCACAUUCAGCUCUCCCUGUUCAAAUGGGUUGGAUGUCUGUCGUAAUCAAUUGCACUAAAUGGGUGAGUAAAGAGAAUUUUUAUAGAAAACACAAUCAAAAUGGCUGAAAACUUUUCACAAUUCUAAACAUUUCCAGAUGUCCUUAAAACAUGUCUGAAUUAUGAAAAACAUCAGUCUGGGUUCCCCUCUGAAAACCUGCAAAGCCUUUUUAUAUUUUCUUUUGCAUCUUUGCAGUUUUAGUCUGGUGGCCCGCCAGGCUUGUAAAGCACUGAGGAAAACCUUGAUGGAUUAUAUACCCUGAUUAGCGUUGUUGUCGUUUCAUUUUGCACUAAUGGAUGGACCACCACACGAAAUACAUAAUUGCUGUAUUUGUAUACCACAUAAAACAUUCAAAAGUCCUCCAAAAUGUCCCGUUAAAGAGACGGACUACACUUUCUAUCAACAACAUUUUUCAUGUCUAUUGUCAUUAUCGCCACUAAUAGACCAUGUUCCCGAAACGCACAUUUUGGCCAGCAUUUUUUUUUUUUUUUGCGCAGUGACUUGCUAUCUUGAAGUAAUUCCAUAUGCUAUAGUAGUACCACCAAUUGGCCUCAAGAAAUCCCUAUCAACUGAAAGUGACUGUGUCAACCGUAAGUGAGUAAUGCAUUCAAGACAAUUGAAAUUAGCAACACAAAAACACAAUUUGUUCCAAUACCAAUAUUAACUGGUUAAUAAUUAGGGUUGUUCCGAUCAUGUUUUUUUGCUUCCGAUCCGAUCCCGAUCGUUUUAGUUUGAGUAUCUGCCGAUCCCGAUAUUUCCCGAUCCACUUUUUUUUGCUCCCGAUUCAAUUCCAGUCAUUCCCGAAAAAUGUUCCCGAUCAUACACAUUUUGGCAAUGCAUUAAGAAAAAAAUGAAUAAAACUCGGACGAAUAUACAGUGGGGAGAACAAGUAUUUGAUACACUGCCGAUUUUGCUGGUUUUCCCACUUGCAAAGCAUGUA